AGGGGACUCAGGGGAGGAUACAACGCGUUUAUGUGAUAGGACUUUUUAGACGCACGCCUUGUCAAUGUCUUGUCACACUGACUUACAUUUCUUCUCAGAUAAGGCCACUGGUCCACAAGACUAGUGUUAUUGCUGCCUCAUCUUGGCCUCAUCUGUCGAAAAUAGCCUAGGAUACUUCGUAUAAAAGCCCAGCAUUCUCUGCUUUUUCCUUUGUCAAUUCUUCUCCUCACUAUCGAAUCAUCGUACUACUCGCGACCUACAUCUUAUACAAUGCCCUUUUCCAUCGAUGGAGUGUAUACUAUCGAAAACGUUGGCAGAGACCUCAUGCUUGAUCUGAAGGGCGGUGAUACCAUUGAAGGCAACCAGAUUCAAGGCUACGCAAACAAUAACACCGCGGCUCAACAGUGGGUGAUCAAGAAACAGUACGCGUCAGAGUCCUCCAACAAGACUGUCACCAUUCAGUCCAUUAUCAACGGCAACAAUGGAAAUGGAUUCUUUGCUGCUGUGAACCAGGAUGCGGAUGAACCAGUCGUUUACACCAGGCAGGCGUUUAUCGUUGAUCUCGUUCCACACGCGGAUAAUACUUAUACCAUUAGAUACACUCUCGGGGACGCGAACCUGGUGUUAUCCAUUCCUGCGAGGCACACUGAAGUGACACUCGAGACUUACUCCCCAGGAUCUCUCCGCCAGCAGUGGCAAUUGCACCGCGUCUCCAAUCUCCAAUAAAUUGCCUAGUUUUCGCCACUAGGUACCACCGUGAGCUUGCAGAGGCAUGCCGACGCUGAGCUAUUCAAAGUGUUUUUGCAUCUAUGUACUACGUUUUGCUGUGUCUCUUGUUGUGUAUGCCUACGUUGAUGAAUAGGAUUGCUUUGGUCUGACUCCC